AUGGAGGUGGAUGAGUGUGUCCACACCUUAACUGAGAGCUUCGAGCCCUUUGCACCUGAAGCUCACCCUGGUGACCAGUUACUGGACUGCUUUGCGGACCGUCUCCACUUUGACAAGCGCGAUCCCACCCAGGUUAGGCACCCAUAUCUCGAUGAGCUCAUUGCGAAAGUGAGGGCCGACCCUCUAACUGUACUGGCUGCAACUGAUGGCUCUGUCCCUCAGUCCAACCAGUAUCAGGUGGCUUUGGCUGCCAUCAUCUACAAGGGACAUCACGAGCUCGAAAGGACUCGCUAUGUCUCUGGCAGGGUAACCGCCCCUGAUGCGGAACUCAAUGCCAUCUCAUGUGCAGUGCACCUUGCUGUCAAGCAGGCAAACUGCCAACGUAUCAUGGUCUUUACUGACUCCAUGGGCUCAGCCCAUAGAGUGGUGGACCCCUCCGUACAUUCCGGCCAGGCUUUUAGUCUGUCACUCUGUCACGCUCUCCAAGAGUGGUUCGAGGCGGAUGAUCUCCACCACAUCACCUUUGUAUACGCUCCAUCUGCAUUGUGGUGGGACAUCCAUGGUGAAGCACACAAGUACGUCACUGAACUCAAAGUCAGGGUUGGACGUCAUAAGACAGACAAUUCUAUAGACACGCUACGCUCUCAAGCUGCACACUCAAGUCUGGAUGCAUGGGGCUCCAUGUUCCAGGAUCAUACCUACCGAGGCUCUGAAUUUUUGGAGCUUCAAUGGCCUGACGGAUGGCUGAUACAGCCAUCCUACCUCAACAGGGGACCUUGGCUUUCAACCUUUGGACACAGUAUCACUGAGUUCGCUUGCGUCUGCCGGUGUAUAACUGGCCACACACCCAUUGGAGCAUACUAUCGUCGCUUCAAGAUUAACGAGCCUCAUGGCUGCACUUGUGGGGCUGCUUUGCAGUCUCACCAACACGUCCUCUUUUGCUGCUGCGAUAGAUACUCUGUACACUAUCCCUGUUUUCUUGGGGAUAUUGCAUCAUUUUUGAAGCACAACCCCAUGGCGUUUGGCUUCAACCGGGACCCUUUGGGGGUCGGAUAA